AUGGAUGUUGACACCAGAUCUGAUGCUACACUGCAUACCAACUCCGUCAUUUUAAGAAAGAAGUCUAGCCUAAGGACACAUGUUGGAAAUUUGACCGGGUUGAUAAAUUUAGGCCGAAGACUCAAGACCAUACAGAGAGAAGCCUUCGGGAGGAAAUAUGGGAAUUUGUUGAGUUUAAUGGAGGUGAAAGUACAGUUGCCCGCUAUUACAGCUCUAGCUCAGUAUUAUGAUCCUCCCCUGAGAUGUUUUACCUUCCAGGACUUCCAGCUGGCGCCAACUGUAGAAGAAUUUGAGCAUAUUCUGGGCUUUCCAUUAGAGGGUACCAAGCCAUAUCAGCACUUGGAGCAUCAUGCCUCUGUUUCUACCCUUGCCGCUAUAAUGAAAUUACAGCCCAAUGAAUUGGAGAACCGGUUGAUAACGAGACAUCAAAUGCGGGGGCUGACACAAGGAUACCUUGAACAGUAUUUGCACGACUUGGGAAAUAGGGAAGAAUGGGAGACCUUCAUGGAUGUACUAGCCCUCACUGUGUUUGGCAUUGUCCUGUUUCCCAAACUGGAAGACUUUGUAGAUUACACUGCUAUUGAUGUCUUCGUGGCAAAAAAGACGAGAUCAGAAAACCCCGUAACAGCAGUCCUCGCAGAUGUAUAUGGGACUAUGAGUUUUUGCCAUGAGAGAAAAGGGAAGAGGAUUCUUUGUUGUUUGCCGGCGUUAUAUGCGUGGAUGACGGCACGAGUAUUUAAGGGGGUAAUCGAUGUUAGAAGUUCACCUGAGAAUCUGUCGCAUCAAGGAGGUAAUGGGUGGGCUCUUUUCUUUGCCGGUUUGAGGGAAGGAAACGUAAAAUGGCGCCUUCCUUGGCUUGAGACUAAACCAUCUAUCCAACAUUGUGGCAACUUCCCUAACAUACCUCUCAUAGGCGCUAGGUAUUGUAUUAACUACAACCCUGUUUUGGUCCAAAGACAGUUCGGAUAUCCUAUGAAGGGGGCGCCUUCACCAGAUUAUCUCACAACCUUCUUCAUCUACUAUGAGGACGGACAUUGUACUGAAAUGUUGAGGAAAGUCAGAAGUGCUUGGGAAAAUGUGGUGCGAGCAGAGAAGGACUUGAGGAGUGGAGUGAUGGAUAGCAAGGUUAGUUAUCAUGCCUGGAUUCUGGAGAGGGUAAGAGAAGUCAAGUUGCCUUUCAAGCCCAUCAAUGAUCAAUCGGCGAGUGAAGGAACAUCCCAAGCCCCGGAAAGUGAAGAGGUGAAACAGCUGAAGGCUGAGGUGGAGAAAUUGAGGGUGAGGAAUGCUAGGUUGGAAAAUGAAUUACAGAAGGCUCGCAAUGAUUUUGUGGAUGUGAGGAAUGAUAACGAAGAAAAGUCACGGGCUUAUGAAAACAUUGUCAAAAGCCAGAAGGCAGAGAGAGAUUAUACAUUCCGAGUAAAACAGGAUCUUGCGGCCGCAAGUAAGGAGUUAUCCAUGAGGGUGAAUGAGAAGAAUGUGGCUUUAGAAGAGGGCAGACAGUGGAAACAACUCUAUGAAGAAGCCAAGAGGGAUAAAAGGGAAGCCCUAAAAAGACUAAGGGAAGCGCAAGUCCAAGUACAGGAAUCGGGGCAUCAAAUGAAGGAAAUGGCUACAUCAUUUGAAGCGGAUUUGAAUCAGGAGCGCUGGAAGCUGGCAGAGGCUGAAGGGGAAUAUCGAGCCUUGUUAAGGCAGAUGGAGGAUUACAUUGAGGAGCAGGAGGAGCGAUGA